AUGUCAUCCGAAUGGCCUGAUGCACAAAUAUCAAAUAUACAAAAGACCUUACAAAAUACUUGGCAAAUUCCAUAUAUAUCUUUAUUCGCUCGUAUAUUUUGUGAUGCUUUUCAAUUGUUUGAUUUUCAUCAGGAAGAAUUAGAAGAUGCUUUAUUAUCGGAUAAUCCCAAUGAAAUCCAUCCAUUUCUUCAAGAACUUCUCAUAUCUCUGCUGUCCGGAUUGAUACGUUUACAUGUCAAUUCAAGUAAUAUGUUUGUUAUGCUUUCUAAUAUACUCAAACGAUGUGAUCUGAAUAUUACUUCUUCUACGCCAUCGAAUAUCAUGUCCAUAUCUGAUGAUUCAAUAACAACAACAGAUUGGCAUGAAAUGUCUAUUUUUGAAAAAGUAACUGUACUUCGUGCUCUAUGUGAUGCACGAUUGAAUAAAGCAGAUAUUGAUCAAGUAAUUGAGAAUAUGCCAGCUGAUUCACUUCGUUUUGAACCAUUUGGUGAAGAUUCACGAGGAAAAAAAUUAUGGUAUUUUGGCGAUACGAGACUUUAUUCUGAAUCAUGGAAUAAAAGUACUGAAACAUCUACAUGGGAAUGUAUAUGUCGUACACUAGAUGAAUGGAAUGUUUUCAUUGAAAAUUUUCGUAAAUCAUGUUCAAAGAAAAAUUCUAGUAUUAAAGAUCGACAAUUACUAGAACGUCUAAUAGCACUCAAUGCAGAUUUACCAGAUAUAUAUUCACGUAAAGAUCGUGAAAGGCAUCGUCGUUGGACAUCAUAUGAACCAAAACGUACAUCAACACGCCUCGAAGUUAAACGACAGCAACGUCUUGAAUUCGAAGAAAUAACACAAGAACAAAAAGCAAGACAUGAUAAAUUUCUUGAAUUUAAACGACGACAAGAAGAAACUAUUGCUAAAGAAAAAGAACGUUUAGAACGUAGUGAACGUGUUAAAAGAAGAGAGGAACGCGCAGAUCGUAUUCGUCGUCGUACAGCAGUUGGAUCAUCACACGGUGUAGAUGGUUCAGAAUUUUCCGAAAAUAGCAAUACAUCAUCAACAUUAAAUGAUGAAAAUCUUCAUCCAAUCAAUACUAAUGAUAUACACCAAAAAGUGUUGACAUUAUUGAGAACAAAUGAAAACAGUUGGCCAUUUCUUGAACCUGUUACUGAAGAAUUAGCACCCAAAUAUUUCACAAUAAUCAAGAACCCGAUAGAUCUUUCAAUGAUACAACAAAAAAUUAAUAAUAAAGUUUAUGUUAAUAAUUCUACAGAAUUUAUUCAAGAUAUUGAAUUAAUGGUUGCCAAUUGUGAACAGUACAAUGGCAAGCGAAGCAUUUUAGGUCGAUUAGCGAAUCGUCUUCUUGUUUAUUUUAAAGACUGUUGGUCUGAAUGUCAACCAAAUACACAACACUUUGAUGAUGAUAUUGAUGAUUUAAAUCGUCGAGAACAUCCAGUAAAAAAGCCAACAAUAUUAACACGAGAUAAAAAUAAUAAUACGAGAACUAGAAAAAAUUAUCGACAAUUAGCUGGUAUAACUGAUGACGAGGAUGAUGAUGAACUUGAAUAUACGCCCAUGCCUAGUUCUAAACGAGCUCGUCAUUCAGCACCUCCUGUACCGAUCUAUAUAGCUGUUGAUCCAAAUUCUCCUGCAUAUAUUGUUUAUCAUGAUCAUUCAUAUUUUAUUCGCAAUGAAUCAAUAGAUGAUAUACAACGUCGUAAAACAUCGAUGCCAACAAACCCUAUUAGACCUCACAUACAAGAAAAACCACCGCUACCGUCGGUUCAAGUACUGAAUCAAUUAAUUCUUGGACAUCCACAAAAGACGAAAAUUUCUCCAUCAAAUUCUACAACAUCCACAACUCCUCUCGAUUUUACGGCUAUUCUUCGUGCAUUAUUAGUUAAACAAGGACAUCAGUUAACAUCAACUGUGCCACAAGAAACUAUUGAAACUAAAAUAAAUGAUAAAACGUCUUCUUCUCCGUCAUCAGCAACUACUUCGUAA